AUGGCCAAAAGCAGAUUCGAUAUUUCAAAUCCUAAGAUAUCAGCAAAUAAGCUCGUCCAAGAGUACAUUAGUAAAGAAGGAUGCCAUAAUGCACCUAACGCCUUCAUUAUAUAUCGCAUAUUGCUAACCAAGGAACUACACGCAGCAGGUCGCAAUUUACAAGCUGCGGAUAUCUCCCAGUUGGCCUCAGAAAAUUGGGACAAAGUUGACAAAAAAGUAUACCAAGACGCCUCCGAAUCAAUAAGGCGUCAUGCGAAAAAGAAUACGAAGACCAAAGUGCGCAAUUUUUCAAUCAUGACACCUGAUUUUUUCAAGAAGCCCAUCAAAAAAUCUAAAAAACCAAGGCGAGAAGGUUCUGAGCCAAAACCACGUGAAGAAGGGACUCCUUCUAAUAUAGAAGGAAUUACUUCUAACAUAUUGCAUAACGAUCAAUGGUUUGAAAAUGAUCCUCUUGCUUUUAAGACAGAUUUUUAA